GUGGGGGGGGGGCUGUGGGGGGAGCUGCACCGUGCAGCCGCUGCCGUCACUCGAAUGCGGCUCCACUCUCCGCGAUCUCAUCUCCACCUCCUCAUCACAAUCCUCCUCGCCAUCUCCUCCUAUCCUCUCUCCCCUCAUCUCCCCCCAUCUCCCCUCAUCUCCCCCCAUCUCCCCCCAUCUCCCCUCAUCUCCCCUCAUCUCCUCUCUCCCCGCAUCUGUCGACGCUCCGUGUCUGCGACUUCGCGAGCCCAGCAUGGCGGCCCCUUCUCUCUGCCUGCUGGUGCUGCUGCUCGCCGUCUCCCGCGCUCUCCACGCGUUCCCUGCCGACGUCGACCCCAUCACCAUCACUGUCGGCAGAGACAGCGAGAGUCUCCCCGUGUUCCUGGGAGAGGACGACUCCACCAACAGCAGCCUCAACGUCCAGCUGCUGCUCCUGAUCGGAGCACGCCUGCUCAUAGCAGGGCGGGACCACGUGUUCACUGUGGAUCUGAGCCGCCCCGUGCAUGGCGCCAUCACCCACAGCGCGAAGCUGACGUGGAUGGCGGAGCGCCAGGAGGUGGACCGGUGUCUCAUGAACGGCAAGACGGAGGAGGAGUGUCACAACUUCAUGAAGGUGGUUGCGCCACGAGGAGACGGACUCCUCUUUGUGUGCGGCACCAACGCAUACAGCCCCACGUGCAGGAACUACCAGCUGGCGGACCUGUCCUUCACUGGGGAGCAAACGAGUGGCCUCGCCAAGUGUCCCUUCGACCCCCGGCAGGGAGGGGCGGCUGCCUUCGCAGGCGAGCGUCUCUACUCGGCCACGGCCGUGGACCCCCUGGGGGUGGACGCGGUGGUCUACGGGAGCCUGGGGCCCGGGCCCCCCCUGCGCUCCCUCAAACUCGACUCCAAGUGGCUCAAGGAGCCCGUGUUCGUGAGGGUGCUGGAGCACGGGCAGCAUGUCUACUUCUUCUUCACGGAGAUCGCCGUUGAGCUCAGCUCCAUGGGCAAGGUGCUGUUCUCGCGCGUGGCGCGCGUCUGCAAGAGCGACGCGGGGGGCUCUCAGCGCGUGCUGGAUGGCCACUGGAGCUCGUUCGUGAAGGCGCGACUCAACUGCUCGGUGGGGGGCGAGGCGCCGGGGGACGCCCCCUUCUACUUCAACGAGCUCCAGGGGGUCUCCGAGGUGCUCCACAUCGGGGGUCGCGAGCUCGUGCUCGGGGUCUUCACCACCCCCCUCAACAGCAUCCACGGCUCGGCCGUGUGCGCGUUCGACAUGGAGGACGUGGCCAGCACCUUCCAGGGCCGCUACUCGGAGCAGCGAGGGCCCGACGGCCCCUGGCUCGCCGUGCCGGAGGCCCGCACACCCACCCCCAGGCCCGGUGCGUGUGCGGGCGAGGGGGAGGCGGCUGCGUUCCCCCGCUCGCCGCUGCUGCCGGACGAGGCGCUGAGCUUCGCCAAGACGCACCCGCUGGCUCACCGCGCCGUCAACGCCGUCUCCCCGCAGCCCUGGUUCGUGCGCUCCGGCACCCGCUACCGGCUGACCCACAUCGCGGUGGACGUGAGGGCGGGGCGCCACGGCAACGAGACGGUGGUGCUGCUCGCGGCGCAGAGCGGCGUGCUGCUCAAGCUGCUGCUGCUGCCGGGCGGUGGCGGCGGUGGUGGCGGUGGUGGUGGCGCCGUGCUGCUCGAGGAGGCGGAGCCCUACAGCGCCCGCGACUGUGGCGAGCGGUCCCCGCGCGCGGUGCGGGCGCUGCUCGUGGACGCGGAGCGCCACGCCGUCUUCCUCGCCUUCUCCUCCUGCGUGCUGCGCCUCCCGCUCAGCCACUGCGCGCGGCACGCAGACUGCAAGAAGGCUUGCCUGGCGUCCCGGGACCCGUACUGCGCCUGGUCGGGGGGGACCUGCAGCCGCGUCACGCCAUCAUCCCACGGCAGCCCCAUGGCGGAGCAAGCCCUCGCCACGGGGAGCGCGGGGAACCUGCCUGACUGCGCCGACUCCGUUGUGACGUCCAGCGGAGCGAUCCGCGAGCCGCGGGUCUCCACCUCCCCGGGCCGCGUCCCCGCCGGCAUCGUGUGGCUCUGCCUGCUCGGCGCCUUCGCUCUCGGCGCGGCGCUCUCCUGCGUCGCCACCGUCUGCCUCUUCCGGCGCUGCCGGCCCCGGCGGCCCGAGCGGCCGCGCAAGCCGCCGCCCGCGGCGCCGGCCCCGGGCGCCGGCCCGGGGCCGGCGGGGCCCUACGGCCGUUCGCGGCUGCUCGAGGAGCUGCUGCUGGAGGGCGCCGCGCGGGGCAAGGUCGACGCCGUGGCCAGGUCGGCCGCGCUGCUCGUGCCGCUCAUGGCCGUCGGCAAGGUGGACGUGACGGCGCUCGAGUGGGCGGGGGGGCUCCCCCCGCCGUUCCCCCGUGCCGGCGGCCGCCCCCUCCCCGAGCUGGCGGCGCUGCCCACCCCCGAGUCGACGCCGCCCGCGACGCGCAGGAAGGCGGGCGGCGGGGGCGGCGCCGCGGACCCCCGGCCGCGGCCGUCGCCCGUCGCGACCGCCGCGGCCGCCGCCGCCGCUUUCGCCGUUUGGCCCCGGGAGAGCGCCGGGUCGGACGCGACGACCGCGGGGGGGGACCCCGGGCAGCAGCAGGGCCACACAGAGCGAGUGAGCGCACCCAGCCUGGCGCUCGAGGAGCUGCUCAGGAAGCUGCAGGAGACCGGUCAGGUGACGCAGUGCAUCCUGGGAGAUGGGCGCCGUCCCCGCCCGGGCGGCCCGUCUGCCAACCGCGGCGGUCAAGCCGGCGCCGGCCCCGAAGCCGCCGGGCGCCGCUCCCCCUCCGGCUCCUCCCACCGGCGCUCCCCCACCCCGCGCGCCGGCCUCCUCCUCCUCCGGGCGCGCAGCGCCGCCGUGCGGACGCUAAGCGCCGGGAGCGGACGGGGGGAGCGCCCGCCCGGCCCGGGGACGCUGCGGAGCCGCCGGAGCCGGCGCCCCGGAGGCGCGACGAGCGAACAUCGGCGGUGGUCGAGGCCGGACGGCGCCACGCAGCGCCACGACCAAGGGCUUCGGGAGACGGUGCCUCACGCUGAACAAACGGCGGGAGGAGCCGGCAGAAAAACGGGAACGCGCGAGCUCCUGGCGGAAUGGUGA